AUGAUGCCGCACGCGUUCGAGCGACUAUGGGGCGCGUUCGAGCCCCAGGGCGAGUUCCAAACCCACAUUACGCAAUCGGUACCACAGACGACGGUGGUUCGCCACCUCAACGACAGGGGUUUUCAGGUGGUGGCAGCGGGCACGGUGGACGGGCUGAUGCGAGUCCUAUUCUGUGCGAAAGAAGCCACCUCCAACGGAACCGGCGCCUGGUUCCUGGCUGAGUUGCUGCAGGAUGAGUCAGCCCUGACUCUGGAAGCCACCUUCAAGAGCAAGCGCCCCGCAGUCGUGCCCGGCUUUGUUCGUGCCUUCAUGCUUCAUCACGUCUUUACCAUGGCCGCCGCGUGA